AUGCGGCUUCUUCAGGAUGGGGAUGAGGCAGGAUGUUUUCCACAGAGCAGGCACCUUCCCCAGUUGGAGGCUCAGGUUGAAUAUGUAAUUGUAUUUUAUGCCAGUGAGCUCAUACUGGACCCAAACACAGCACACAUACAUCUCUCUCUCUCUGAGGGCAACAGAAAGGUUACAUGGGUGAAAGUGGACCAGCUGUAUCCUGACCACUCAGAGAGAUUUGACAGGUGGCCUCAGGUGUUGUGUAGAGAGGGUCUGUCUGGAAGCUGCUACUGGGAGGCUAAGUGGAGUGGGGAAGGGGUUCGUAUAGCUGUGGCGUAUAAAAGCAUCCAGAGGAAAGGGGGGAGUGAUGAGAGCACCACAGACAGCUUGCUGGGGCGUAAUGACAAGUCCUGGAGUCUGUGGUGCUCUCCUCUCAGAUACACUGCCAUGCACAAUAAUAAAGGCACUGGCAUACCUGCCCCCUCCUCCCGCUCCAGGAGAGUAGCAGUGUACCUGGACUGGCUAGCCGGCACUCUAUCCUUCUACAGCGUCUCCUCUGACACACUCACCCACCUGCACACGUUCCACUCCACAUUCACUGAGCCCCUCUAUCCUGGGUUUGGGGUUUAUCAUAUGGGCUCCUCAGUGUCCCUUGUAUCUGUUGUUUUCUGCAAAUGCAGACUGCUGAAAAUGAAGAAAAGUAAGACAGAACCUCACAGCAGUGAAGAGUGA